UUAUAUAAAGGAACCCUAAAGAAGUGGUAAAGCAAAGCAAAAUCUCAUUAGGUUUCAGUCUCAAAAGUCACUUCAGAAACCCUAAAUAUAUCGAUCCAUGUCUCAGAAACGUUUCAAUACGCCGAUGGCUUCUUCAAGCGACGAAGAUGAAGUGGAGACUCCAAUCAGAGAAGGUGAAGACUCUUCGUCGGAUGAAGAAGAUGAUGUUGUGUCCUCUAAAAACCCAUCAUCAGCCGUGAUGAAGAAGCCAGUCGUUGCCACGGAGAAGCAAGUUUCUGAUUCCGAAUCUGGAUCUGAAUCAGAUGAAGAAGAAACUGAUUCCGACUCCGAAGAACCCGUGAAGAAAGAUGAGGUUGUGACUAAGCCAGUGAAGCUUGUAACCGAAGCCAAAGAUUCUGUCUUGAAGAAGAAUCAAGAUUCCAAGAAGGUGAAAGAUUCUGAGAAAUCUGUUUCAAAGCGUUCUCGUGAAACCGAUGAAGCAGGAGCCUCUACUGAUGUGAAGAGGGUCAAGAAGGUUUCAGGGGAAGCAGAGCAAAAGAGUGGUGGAGGAGAAGAAACGAAGAAAGCUUAUUUCCAACGUGUUUGGACUGAAGAUGAUGAGAUUGCGGUUUUACAAGGUCUUAUUGAUUUCAGAAACGAUACUGGGGUAAGUCCUUAUGAUGAUACUAAUAGGGUUUAUGAGUUGUUGAAGAAAUCUAUUAGCUUUGAUGUCUCUAAGGUUCAGUUCAUGGAAAAACUUAGGAAUUUAAGGAAGAAGUAUGAGAACAAUCUUGUUAAAGCCAAGAGUGGUGAUGAACCUACGUUUGUAAAAACUCAUGAUCGCAAGGCUUUUGAAUUGUCUAAGUUUGUUUGGGGAGCUAUUGAAUCAGCUGUGAAAUCUAGUGGGAAGUCGAAGAAGAGUAGUAAGUCGAAGAAAGUUGAGUCUGUGAACCAUGAGCUUGAUUCUUCUUUGCCCAAUGGUAAGAACGAGGGUGCCGCGGAUCUGGAUACGUUUCCCAAGUCUUCUCUUGUAAGAUGGCUAGUGAGUUUUGGUUUUGAUGAAUUUUCUGCUCAACAAGGAUUGAGUUGCCUUGCCUCAGAGGAUAAGAAGAGAUUCGAGGAAGUGGAAAGCAUUGCAGGUUAGGGAAUUCGAGUUCUAUUCGCAGAAGAGCGGUUUUCUUCAUGA